AUGCAAUCGAUUCCAAAUAACAUGUAUUAUCAACCAAAUUCCGAACACGAAUUUAUAAUGAAUAAAUAUCCAUUUCAUGAUUCAGGCAUUGUUGAUGAAGGUCUUUCGGAUGAAACUGGUUCGAUCGAAGAAGAUUUUAAUAAUCAAGAAAAUUCAACAGAUGAUAAGGAUAAACCAAAAAAACCCGAUCAAUCAUAUUUAAAAAUAAUUGCUGAAGCUAUUUUACAAUCACCUAAUCGUAUGAUGCAAUUAUAUGAAAUUUAUGAAUAUUUUCAACGAAAAUUUCGAUAUUUUGCUGAAGAUGUUAAUAAAUCUUGGAAAAAUAGUGUAAGACAUAAUUUAUCUUUAAAUGAUUGUUUUGUUAAAGCAGGACGAGGAUCAAAUGGCAAAGGACAUUAUUGGCGUAUACAUGAAAUAGUAGAACCAGAAUUUGAACAAGGUCGUUUUAAUCGUCGACGUUAUCGUCAAGAAAUACGUCAAUUACAUAUGCAAGCUUCAUCCAUGCAUCAGUCACCUUAUGGGCACCAAUCAGUAUCUUCUUUUUACCCUCCAUCUGCUAAUUCAUAUUACAUGGGUUCACCGGCUCUCUCAUCAUAUCAUACAAUUUAUUCAAGUCCAAAUACUUCAACAGAAAUUCAUCCAAUAAAUUCACCGAUAAUACAAAAUGCUUGUGUAUCAUCUUCAACACCAACACCUUAUCCGUUAUAUGAUCCAUAUUCUACAUCUUAUUAUCCAACACAUUAUCAUUCUAUGGCUUCGUCAUAUGCAAGUCCAAAUGAAUCAAUCAAUUUUGAUGCUUAA